AUGGAUGAAGUUCUAUACUAUAUAUCACAAGGAGAAGAAAAAGGAGCUGAAUCAUUUGCUUACAUUACUUCAAUCCAUUCAUCAAAACAAUAUCAAUCUUUUCGUCAUUCAUCAUCACCAAGAUUUGGUACAUGUUUAACAGGUAUUGGACCAGGUGAAAGGAUUUUCACUUGUGAUUCUAAAAGAGCAAUUAUUAAUGUAUAUUCAUGGGGAAAAGAAAGUAUUGAUCAAAAAAUUCCAAUACCUGAAGCAUUAAAUACAUUACAUAUUAUUCAUCAUCCUGAUGUUAGUGAAACAAAACAUAAAAAAUCAAAUUAUAGAAUUCCAUGGUUAUUAAUUGGUGGUUCAAAAAGUGGGAAAUUAUAUAUAUGGGAAUUAUCAUCUGGUGACUUGCUUUGUGUUAAAGAAGCUCAUUAUCAAGGAAUAACAGUUAUAAAAUCAAGUGAAUGUAAAACUUUUUUAAUAACUGGUGGAGAAGAUGCAAGAUGUAUAAUAUGGAAAAUUUCAGAUUUAAUAUCCAUAUAUGAAACAAAAGAAGAUGAAGAGGAGGAGGAAAAUAAUCAAAGAAAUUUAAAACCUUAUUGGAUAAUAACUGAAAAUACUUUACCUAUAACUGAUCUAAUAUUAAAUUCAGUAGGUAUAAUAAAUGAUUUAAAAUUAUAUACAAGUUCAAAAGAUGGUACAGUAAGAAUAUAUGAUAUCUUCACGAAAACUCAAUUAACGACAUUUGUAUUACCUGAUUCAGUUGAAUGUAUAACAAAAGAUCCAGCAAAUAGAGCAUUAUACGUGGGAUUAAAUAAUGGUUUAAUUAAAAUGUUACCAUUAUAUAAAUAUAAUAGUCAUACAUCAAUUUUAGAGAGUGUCGGAGGAUUAAAUAAAAUAAUAACUAUUGAAUCACAAGAUCCAAAUUUAAAUCAAACAUUUAUACAACAUCAAAAUUCAAGUAUAACUAAUUUAAUAAUGUCAAUGGAUGGUACAAGUAUAAUAUCAAGUGAUAUUAAGGGAGAAGUUUAUGUUUCUGAUAUAGUUACAAAACAAACCAUCAAAAGUUUUCAACCUUUAGGUUUUCCCAUAUCAUAUUUAUAUAUUGCAACAUUACCUGUUUCCGUGUUGGAUAAUACUAAUAAUAUAAGAUCAGAUAAAAAACAUAGAAUGAUACCACCUUUAAAACGUGUAUUAGCAAGUAAUAAUCCAAUUGAUCAUAAUUUAAUAAUAGAUAUUCCUGAAGAAAUUAAUUUUUCUGGUGAUACUGAUGAUAGUGAUGAAGAAAAUUUUAAUUCAUGGUUGGAACAAAAACGAAUUGAAGAAUUAAAAUUUAAAAACUUGAGUAAUAUUGAUUCAACUGUAAAGAAAGUCGGUAAUGGAAACACUACCAAUAAUGAUUUGGAAAUUAAAUUGAAAAAAGUAUCUGAAGCUUAUACUGAUUUAAGAUCAAAACAUGAAGAAUUAAUAAAAGAACAUGCAAAAUUAUUAGAUAAAAUAUAG